UCUGCGCAUCCGAUCCUGCGGGGGUUGUCGUCGUGGGCUCAUCGCUGCGACUGGGGGUCGACGAAAAUUGGCGAAUAGCGGCGACGAUUGGCCUGGACUGACAUGUUGCCGUGGUGCUGGUAGCUUGCCUGAGAGACCGCACAAGGGGCCGGGCAACCUGCUGAGUCCCCGACAUGAUUUCUCAAUAUUUUGGAGCUGUCUUGGGCUCCCAAUUCCACCUAUGCCCUGAGCUGUUGAGGAUCUGGUCGGCCUUUCGCUUGUCUCUUGAGCCGGCGCCGAUAGAGAAAAUUCGUGGACCCAUGCACAGCGGUUCAUCCAGUCAGCUUCUUGCACGCCCAGGGGUCCAGUAAACGUCCGGCCUAGCAAGCGUCUGUGCGCCAACGACUCCAGAUCUUUUUUCAGAGCUUCAGGAGCAGCAGCCAGCGACAGCCAAGAUAUUCGCGAAUUGCCCGACAGAGCGGAUAUAAGGUCAUUCUUGGGAGGGACGAUAGCGGGCGCCUUCACUCGGCCUUUUUCUACAACCCGCCGCUUUUCUGGUCGAGCACCGAUUGCCGACGGCAGACCCCCCGCAAUGGCCGGCAAGGGGAUGAGGUGCCUCAGCGAGGCGAUGAGGGGCUUGAGCCUCGGUGCGCAAACAUGCAGAACAGUCUCAGUCCGCACAGCUCCGUUAAUAUCAAGGCGGUCCAUGGCCACCGAGGCGCCCGUUUCCAAAAUCACACGAUCAGUAGCUGAGAAAUGGACUCCCAUCACCACUGUCCCUGUUACCGUCCACUCCUUCCCCGACCUUGCCCCCCGCUCCCUCGAAACAUACUCAGCCAAGCACCUCUACCUCCCCCUCCGCCGCGACAUUCUUCACCUUGCGGUCGUCUACGAAGGUGACAACACACGACAGGGUACGGCCCAAGCCAAGACUCGCUGGGAGGUCGCCGGCUCCCACAGAAAGGUUCGCCCACAAAAGGGCUCGGGCAGAGCUCGUGUUGGCAACAAGCAGUCACCGCUACAGCGCGGUGGUGGUAAAUCCCACGGUCCCCGAAACCGCGAUUUCGGCACCAAGCUCAACCGCAAGGUUUACGAUCUGGCCUGGCGCACAGCUCUUUCUUACCGAUAUCGCCGUGGCGAGCUCAUCGUUACCGAGGACGGGCUCGAUCUCCCUCUCCCUGAGGACUUCCUCCAGCAAGCCCAGGACGGCCUCUUGACCCGUGAGCUUGAGGAUGCAUUUAUUGAAAAGUACGUUGGCGAGAUGCUCGGAGCGAUGCAGUGGGGCAAGGCUCAUGGCAGGACGACAUUCAUCACGGGGGAGGAGCGGAUGAACCUGUUCACCGCGAUGGGGGUGGCGGGUGAGAACGGCAGGGCUUUGGAGCUGGAGGAUGUGGAUGUCAAGGAUUUGCUUGAGACGGGCAGGAUUGUCGUGGAAAGGUCGGUCCUGAAGGAGAUGAUCAAGCGGCAUAGGAGUGAUCUGGUGACGAGCAUUUUCCUGCCUGGCCAGAAGAACACCAAGGAGACAACAAUGGGCACUGUUGUUUACCCGUCUAGCAAGGUUUCAUAUGCCUAGUUCAGAGUUGAUGGAGGCCCUGGUUUGUAUUAUACACUAAAAGAAACACUGCUGGAUUAGGGGCAGUUGUAUGUAAGUUGUUACUAUUUUGGAAGCCAUGUACU